GGGGGAGUUGGACUUGUGUCACUAAGUUCGCUUGCAUUCUGGUGCAGCAGUUGAAGAGCUCUCCCUCUGUAAAGUUGGCCGUUUGAUACUUAGUUGUAUCGUUCUUCAAAGCUUUCUUCAGUGCAGUUUUCUUCAAUUGCCAACGCUGUGAAGUCAGAUUGCGUAGGUUAUACAUGCCAUUGACCCUGAGGCCAUCAAAAAUCUACAGAAAAUGGCGGCAGCUUUUGCAGUCAGCCUUGGCUUCGGGUUCUGCUCAGGUGUCGCGUUCAUUGCAGGCCUCAGCUACUUCCAGAAGAAGCGGGCCAAGCAGCGUAUGAACAGAGCUGUAGCAAUUGCGGCGCUCAAUCUUUUAGAUCAGGACGACAUCAAGAAGCUGAUGAAGACAGACCUCAUUCCGCAAUGGGUGCAAUUUCCUGAAAUGGAGCGGGUUCACUGGCUGAACAAGGAGCUCCGUGAGAUCUGGCCUUAUGUGAACAAGGCCGCUUCUGCCAUCAUCAAGGAACAAGUGGAGCCCAUUCUGAAACAGUAUAAGCCCCCAGUCUUUCUGUCAAUCAAGUUCAACAAGCUCACGCUGGGAACCAUCGCUCCACAAAUAGCAGGUGUGAAGGUGGUCGAGACCGACGAGGAGGAGAUCAUUUUGGAGGUGGACGUCAAGUGGGGCGGCAACCCGAGCAUCAUCCUGGGGAUGACAACAAUCGUGGGCCUUCCGCUGCAAGUGCAAGUCAAGGACGUCCAAUUCUUUGGGCUUUUCCGGCUCCGGUUCCGGCCACUGGUGGGGCAGUUCCCGUGCUUUGGAGCGCUUACGAUCGCGUUGCGGAACAAGCCAAGCAUGGACUUUCGAUUGAAGAUCAUCGGUGGGGAGCUGCCCGGUAUUCACGGCAUCGUCGACAAUUUGCUAAGAACGGCUGUCGUGGACUCACUCCUCUGGCCGAGCCGCAUCGUCGUGCCCAUCUUAGAAGGAGACUACAAGGAUCUGGAGUUGCGCCCGACGGGCACCCUGGACGUGAAGCUCGUCGAGGCGCGCAACCUGAAGAACACGGACUUCAUCGGCAAGUCGGAUCCGUUCGCGAUCCUGUUCGUCCGUCCAAUCCCGAGCAAGAUGGAGAAGAGCAAGGUCAUUUCAAACAACUUGAACCCCAUCUGGAACGAGUCGUUCAAGCUCGUCGUGGAAGACCCCGCCACGCAACGACUCAUGAUCAAGGUUUUGGACAAGGAGGCCCUGGAAAAGGCGGAGCCGUUGGGCGAGUUGUCGCUGAAGCUAUCAGACUUGGAACCAGGAAAGCUGUUAGACGUCUGGCUGCCGCUCGUGGAGGACAUGGACAACCCGAGGGCGGGGAACGCGCAGGGCGAGGUCCACCUGGAGGUGAUGUACCGGCCGCACCCGCCCGACGGCGGCGCCCCGUCGACGUCCGACAUUGCGGGGGACCUCAACAUGCGCGACGGCCUCGAUGCGCGCGCAGUCGAUGGGCGCUCGCUGAGCCACAUGCCGUCGAUUGUGCGCGGAGUGCUGACGGUGACGGUGCGGAAAGCGGAGGAACUGCGCGCGGCGGACAUGGGCGGCACGAGCGACCCGUUCGUGCGGGUGUUCAUGCGCAACGGAGACAUGAAGAAGAAGACCAAGGUGAUCCCGAAGACGUUGAACCCCGUUUGGGACCAGACGUUUGAGUUCUUGGUGGAGGACGCAGCCCGGGAUAUGUUGCAACUAGAAGUGUGGGACCACGACACCUUCGGAAAGGACUUCUUGGGGAGGGUUUCUAUCACACUGACACGAGUUAUGAAAGAAGGGGAGUACGAAGACGUUUUCAAGCUUUCUGAGGUAGACACGGGCAAACUCCACGUGAAUCUGAAAUGGAAACAGGUGGGACCGACCGGAAAAGUUUGAGAAAAGGGCUACUAGUCAAGACAUGUAUAUACGAGAGAUUAGACAAGAAAGGCUACUGCCCUUGCCUGCGCCAAUAUCAAGCAAGCCUGAGGCCAAUAAGGCAUGAAUCUGCGAUGCUCGACAUUAUGCGGAUUAAGAUCGUGGUUGACGCA